AUGAAGUACGGUAGCGCAGCUGUUCUCUUCGCCGGCAUGAGCCUUGCCUCGGCCGCCAGUCUGCCGACAGAGCGGACGCUCAAGGCCCGUGAGGUGCCGCAGGAGCACUCGCACAACCGCUUCCUCGACCUCGUCCGGACGUCGCUGAGCACGAACAACCCCAAGGGUAUUUCCGACCCGGUCUUUGGCCUGCUCGGCAACGCCGCCGCGGCCGGAGGUGCUGGCAAGGUCACCAACCUCGACUGCCUGCAGCAGGAGACGGCCGACCAGGCCUUUACCAACGCCAAGACGGCUGGCGACAUUCCCGGUAUGGCUGGUGCCCUGCUGUACCGCUCGAUCGAGCGCAACACCGGUGCCGUCGGCAAGGCCAGCGUCAUCUGCAACGAGACUGCCACGAACCCCGAGAUCGCCGCUGUGUCGCAGCACCAGGACCCUGCGUCGUCUGGCGCCGCCGCUACCAACAAGGCCAUCGUCCUGGCUCUGGCCAAGCAGCUGGCAGCCAUCGGUGCUGACCCGCUUCUCGCCCUCGAGAGCGGCACCUUUGCACCCGGCAGCCUGAGCGACACCACCGCCAAGGGCAACUCCUGCGACACCGAGGCUGACGAGCCCGGCUGCAUCUUCACCCAGAACCUGCUGGUCCUCGACGCCUCCGAGGCUGAGAUCAGCGCGGCCGUUGCCGGCAUCAAGCCCACUAAGUUCACCGGCACGCUCGGCGCUGCUGCCCCGGCCAUCGAGUCCAGCGCGAGCUCGCGUCCCUUCACCGUCAACGGCAACACGUUUGUGAACCUGGCCGCGGCUGUUCAGCGCUCUUGCGACGUUCAGCGCAACGCCUGCUUCAACGCGGCCAACUCUGGCAAGCUGACCGGCGGCACCGCCCAGUGCGACACCCAGGCCACCGCCUGCUCGGCUGCCAACUCUGCCUCGGCCAAGAUGCUCCGCCGUGCGUCCGACUUUGGUACUUGCAGCACUCCGACGAUCCUGUUCAAGUCUGGUCUUGACGGCCGUACCACCGAUGCCUUCAUCGCCUCCGACCAGACCGACUUCAACCACGGCUCGGCCCUGAACAUUGCCGUCAUCGCCGGCUUCAUCUGCCAGCGCCUCCAGUCGUCCUGCAACGCCGCUGCUAAUGUGGUCUCGUCCUGCACCAGCGCCUCGGCUGCUGCCGUCGCCACGACCCAGAACCAGGCUGCUGCGGAUGUAUUCAACAGCAUGAUCGGCGCCGGCUCAGCUGCUGCAGCUACCACUACGGCUGCUGUCGUCGCUGCUGCCGCCACGGCCGCGGCCUCGCAGGUCCUGACCAUCACCCAGUGCGCAUAA